GCGGAUGAUAAUGUUCAACAUCAACCCCCUGGAGAACCUGAAGCUGUACAUCAGCAGCCGGCCUCCCCUGGUGGUCUUUAUGAUCAGCGUCAGCGCCAUGGCAAUCGCCUUCCUGACCCUGGGCUACUUCUUCAAAAUCAAGGAGAUUAAGUCACCGGAAAUGGCAGAGGACUGGAACACUUUCCUGCUGCGGUUUAAUGACUUGGACCUGUGUGUAUCAGAGAACGAAACGCUGAAGCACCUCACGAAUGACACCACAACCCCGGAAAGCACGCUGACCAGCGGGCAGGCCAGGGUGUCCACCCAGUCUCCCCAGGCCUUGGAGGACUCUGGCCCGGUGAACAUCUCUGUGGCCAUCACGCUAACCCUGGACCCGCUCAGACCUUUUGGAGGGUACUCUCGCAACGUCACCCACCUGCACUCGACCAUCUUGGGGCAUCAGAUUGGACUGUCAGGCAGGGAGGCCCACGAGGAGAUCAACAUCACCUUUACACUGCCUGCGGCCUGGAGCUCUGACGACUGUGUGCUUCAUGGGCACUGUGAGCAGGUGGUGUUCACGGCCUGCAUGACACUCACCGCUGCCCUCGGUGUGUUUCCUGUCACUGUACAGCCACCGCACUGUGUCCCCGACACGUACAGCAAUGCCACGCUCUGGUACAAGAUCUUCACAACGGCCAGAGAUGCCAACACCAAGUACGCUCAGGACUACAACCCUUUCUGGUGUUACAAGGGAGCCAUCGGCAAAGUCUAUCAUGCAUUGAAUCCCAAGCUCACAGUUAUUGUUCCAGACGACGAUCGCUCAUUAAUAAACCUGCACCUCAUGCAUACCAGCUACUUCCUCUUCGUGAUGGUGAUAACCAUGUUCUGCUACGCCGUCAUCAGAGGCAGACCUAGCAAACUGCGCCCGAGCAACCCUGAGUUCUGUCCCGAGAAGGUGGCUUUGGCUGAAGCCUAA